AGCUGAGAAGCUCGUCAGACAGGAUUAUUUAAUCUUGUCUUGUUACAAGUGGUGGAAAGUGCAGUCAUUCUAAAUAUCAUCCAGCCAUCAUGAGCUCGAAAGUGCCCUUGAAAAAGACCGACAGCAACCCAUUGCAAGAGCCCUUCAAGCUAAUGGGCUUAGAGUUUGCGCCCUUGUCUUUACCAUGGGAGCGAAGGAUGCAAACCUUGGCUGUCUUGACGUAUGUCAGCCUUUUCCUCACCUUCUCGUUGGGCACGAUGUUUGGGUUGCUCUAUCUGCUCUUUUUCACCUCAUACAAGUGGAUCCCUUUGUUUUACGCAGCUUUCGUGUGGUUUGACAUUGACACCUGCAACAAUGGAGGACGAUCAUGGAAUUUCAUGAGAAGCUGGUUCAUGUUUCCUCAUUUUGUGCGCUUCUUUCCGAUCAAACUUGUGAAAACGGCCGAACUGGAUCCCAAUCGAACCUAUCUUAUUGGAAGUCAUCCGCAUGGUAUUCUUUGUUUUGGCAUCUUUGGAGCCUUUGCCACGGAUUGCCUGAAUGUGCAAGACGUCUUUCCCGGCAUAUAUCCGAGACUAGUCACCCUGCAGGAACAGUUCUGGUUACCGGGAUCCCGUGAACUCAUUUCCGCCACAGGAGCAGUGGCGUCCACCAAGAAAGGAAUUGAAUCCGUGUUAAGACAGCCCAAGGGAACAGCAGCCAUAUUGAUUGUUGGGGGCGCCUCAGAGGCUUUGAAUUACUCGCCCACUGAAGUCAAGUUGGUUCUCAAGAAACGUCGGGGCUUUGUCCGAUUGGCGCUCAAACAUGGCACUCCUUUAGUUCCUUCAUUCACAUUUGGGGAACAAUUUGUAUACGAGCAAGCCCCGAAUCCAGAAGGAUCCAAACUUCGUGCUUUUCAGGAAUGGUUUGAAAGGAAGUUGAGGUUUUCCCCUCCAAUUUUCUUCGGACGAGGUGUUUUUCAAUAUAAUUGGGGAUUGGUCCCCUUCAGGAAACCAUUGACUGUUGUGGUUGGUUCACCAAUAGACGUAAUCAAGAAUGAAGAUCCAACUCCUGAAGAAAUCGAUCAACUUCAAGAAAAAUAUAUUCAAGCAUUGUCAGAUCUGUACGAGACUCACAAUACCAAAUAUGGUGAUCAAUCUGUGAAAUUGGUAAUAUCAUAAAAAAUCGAAACUGUCA